AAGAUUAUUGGACAAUUAUAGAUAAAUCUACUAUUAUUUCAACUUUAUUAGAUCCUUGUUCAAAAUUACUCACUUUUUCAUCAGAAGAAAACAAAAAUCAAGCUAUUAAUAUUCUUCGUUCUAAAAUGAAUAAUUAUGCAUCAAAAUUAAAUAACUCAAAUUCUGAAAAUAAUAUUUUAAAAUCUUCUAGUACUAGAUUAUUUUUUGAAAACUUAAUUACACAACAAAAUAAUCAAGUUAAUCAAGCUCAACCAAUUGAAGAUGAGUUAGAAAGAUAUUUAGCUUUACCAUCAAUAUCUUCAGAUUCAUUACUUUGGUGGAGUCAAUAUGAAGAUAAAUUUCCAGUUUUAUCUAAAAUAGCACAAGAUUACCUUGCUAUUCAAGGAACAAGCAUUCCAUGCGAGCAAGCUUUCUCAAUGGCAGCCCACACAAUUACAAAAAUUCGUAAUCGUCUUCAUCCUAACACAGCACGUGCUGCUUUAUGCUUAAAAAGUUGGAUAGAUUAUGAAGCAAUAUAUGAUCGACAAACCGCGGUUGAACCGCGGUUCUCAACCGCAGUUCAAACCGGUUUAACAUGGUUUUCAAACCGAACCGAACCGACUCAACCAUUUAACAUCCCUAAGUGGAAUUCACAUAUUGAACAACUGUCACAUCAACUUGGAACUCAAACCCACGAAAUAAAAGAUUUAAAAAAGAAAUUAGUUGAUUCUUAUGAUCAAUUAACUGAAGCAAUGGAAAAAAACAAAGUUCUUGUUGAGCAAUGGAAUUUGCAUUUUAGCAAUCAGCCAAAAC